AGGUGAUAGACUGCAAGAGUGCCGGUUGAAAAUCGGGUUGCAUACUAAUAAUAGUAUCGUCAGCCAGCUGUCGAGUGGUCAAGCGGAAACCACUAGAUUUUUGGAUCAGCCAGUUUCACCAUGGAGAAGUGGGAAAUUCAACCUUUCAAGUUUAAGUCAUUUCCUCGUAAUGUCGUCCGAAAUGAGUGGAUUAAAUACAAGCGCAACUUCGACUAUAUCGUUGCAGCAUCUGGAGAAACAGAUAAAACACGUAUUAAAAAUCUGUUCCUUGCCAGAGCUGGGCCGGAUCUACAAGAAGUUUUCGCUUCUAUUCCCGGUGCGGAUGUGACUGAGGAUAAGGAAAAGAAUAUCGAUCCCUAUUCUGUUGCCAUACAGAAACUGGACACUUACUUCUCGCCCAAACAGCAUGAAACGUUUGAACGGAAUGUUUUCUGGACACUCAAGCCAAGCCAUGACGAGACAUUGGAGAAGUUUAUGUUACGUUGUCAGGAUCAGGCAAGUAAGUGUAAUUUUGGCAGGACGACACAAGAAAGCAGGGCAAUAAGCGUAAUCGAUAAAGUAAUUUUAUUUGCCCCGAGUGAUUUGAAAGAGCAACUCUUACAAAAAGAUUCUUUUGAUAUCGACGAAGUCGCAAAAAUCGUUAGCUCAUACGAGUCAGUGAAACACCAAGCGCAGAUGAUGAAUCGACCAUCUCUAGGAUGUGCAGAGACAUUCGAACCUAGUGUGAAUGACAGAAACGUCAACAAAAUUGGAAACAUUCCUAAUAAAGAAUGUAUGAGGUGCGGAAAGCGAGACCAUUUCGCAAAUGACCCAAAAUGUCCCGCACGUGGCAAAGAGUGCAUCAAGUGCAAACGGGUUGGUCAUUUCGCUGCUCGUUGCCGAACAACAACAGUAAGGCGGAAGUACUCUGAGGAGCCUAGGCCAGGGCCCAGCCAAGGAUUCAAACGGCAACGUGUACAUGAAAUCGAAACAGCGGAGGAAAGAAAAGAUCAAAGCUUCAUAUUCUGUGUGAAUGAUGGAGAAGAAUUUUUGUGGCUGAGGCUUGGGGGAGUGACGUUGCAACUGCUAAUCGAUUCCGGCUGUAAGAAAAAUAUUAUCAAUGAGAAAGCGUGGGAGUACAUGAAGAACAAUGGCGUGAAAGUUUGGAAUCAAGAAAAGCACUGUGACGAAGUUUUUCUGCCUUACGGCAACGAAGCAAAACCAUUAUCCGUUCUUGGAAAGUUCGAUGCACAAAUUUCGGUAGAAGAUAAUGGAAAGAUCAUCGAACAGGUGGCUACGUUCUACGUUGUAAUUGGCGGUCAACAAUGCUUAUUGGGCCGUGCCACAGCUAUGAGUCUAGGUGUACUGAUGAUUGGAUUACCGAGUACACAUGGAGUCAGCAUGAUUGAGUCUGCACAUAAACGUCCUUUCCCUAAGAUUAAAGGGUUGCAGGUGGAAAUUCCCAUCGAUAAGAGCGUUGUUCCUGUGUGUCAACAUCCUCGGCGUCCUCCAAUUGCACUUUUGUAA